AUGGCCGAGUCUUCACAGCGACCGAGCGGCUCCCAGUCUGCCCCAACCCUGACUGGCGUGUUCAGCUACCCCCCUCCUUCGGUGCCUCCUAUUGCAAGCGCCCCAUACAUGCAAUCAUCGCGCCUACCCGAUAACUUCGUCUUCAUCGUCGUCGGCGCGGCUCUUGGUUUUAUCGUCCUUGUGAUUGUCACAUGGAGACUCAUGAGUUCAUGGGCAAUGAACCGAAAUUCGAAGAAGGUUGCUGCAAGCGGCUCAGGCCCCAGCUACACCCCGCUUCCCGACCUCAAGAAAAACCCAGCGGCGCAGUCUGGACACGACAUGGCUGACCUGAGCAAGCUGCCCCGAUCCUUCUCGAGCGUGCCGAGUCUGUUCUUCUCCCCAACCGCAGAGGUUGCAAGACAAUCAAGGGUACCUUCACACCACCUUCCGGCUGGUCACUAUAGGGAUGGAUCGGAUCCGUCAAGACGAUAG